AUGGCUGACUAUACACCACCGCCUCCCAAGAAGCCUUCAAUUGUGUCUCAAAGUAGUUACACUUCCCAAGGCGCGGUCAGUUUUGAAGAUUAUAUCCACUAUGCCGCACCUAAAUCAUCCAACAUCAGAUCGGUGUUCCCGCCGUCAGCAGUCACAUUAGGAAGAAACGCCUUUGACAGGUAUGGGGAACUUUUAUCUGAUUUUGAAAUCAUGUCCAGUAAUGGGGAUAAAAUUCCAGUUCUGAUGAAGAUACUAUUAGAGAGAUGGGGUAUAUACUUUGCUCGAAUACUUGCAAGGGGGUAUGUGCAAAGCGUGGAAGAUUUUCAAUCGUGUAGCACACCGCAAUUUCGAAUACCAUUCCAGAAUGAGGAGAUUGAGUCAGAACCUAGCGCGCCACUCCAAGAAAUGAUCAACAAUCAGUUGAAGGAUGUUCCACUCCCACCACAGUUGCCCAUGCCCACAGACCCGGUACCGCCAGUACCGUCGGCGCCGACGUCGUAUAGGACAUCCUCGCCGAGGGCAUCAUUGCUGCAUACAUUAUCUGCAUUGAGGAACAUUCCAGUCAAGUCACCUAAAGCGUCACCGAGAGCAUCAUUAGUUGACUCGUUGCUGUACAGCAGGUCUAGCUCUACAAACAGCCUUACUGAAGAGAACAAAUUUGCAGAAUACGUGAUGGAGCCGGCGUUGAUCCCAAGGAAACUUUAUAUCCCCUUUCCCACUCCUACUAUAAGGGCUUUUUGUGACUUUUUGUAUACUGGACAAGUUGGAAAUAAGUGGGCCAUUGCGCCAACAUUAUUGGAUAAUUUUUUAAUUGGAAAAUUUUAUAAAGUGCCGCUGUUAUACGAAGGGGUGAGGGAUAUCUUGAUAAGUAUUAUCAAGCGGAAGGAGAAGGAGAUGAAUCUCGAAGUAAAAGAAAAUAUAUUGGUAGAGGUUUCAGAGAGGGGUGCGCGGUUAGGGACGGGGUAUUUAGAAGCAAUAGAGUGUCAUAGACAAGCGGAUAAAAACAGAAUCACAGUGGGAGAGAUGGUGGAACCAAAAGCAGCGUACCCGCCAGAAAGCGUAAUUGAUGGUAUACACGAGUCGUCCGUGUUGGUUGGAGAUAUGGAUUUGUUUUUGAGAACGUCAAACUUGAAAAUACAUAUGGAAAAUAUAAAAUUGAAUCAAUCUAAGGGUAAGUAA